UCGCGCGAGCCUUCAUUCCUAAUCCGGAAAAUAAGCCUUAUGUUAACCACAUUAAUGGCAUCAAAUAUGAUAAUCGAGUAGAUAAUUUGGAAUGGGUAACUCCUAAAGAGAAUGCUGAACGUAAGGUAUUUCCAAACCGUGGUCGUGGCAGGUCCAUGAAAAUUGUUCAGAAAACUUUGGAUGGAAAUGUCAUUCAAAUUUGGGAUUCCAUCGCUCUUGCAGGUUAUACACUUAAAAUUUCAAGACCUCAUAUUUCGGCGUGUUGUAGUAGAAAGCGAAAUAUUGCUGGUGGUUGGCGUUGGAUGUAUUAUGAGGAUUAUAUAGAACAAGAUCCUAAUGAAGAAUGGAAAGAAAUAGAGGUUGAUUCACGAAAAUUUAAAGUUUCAUCUCUUGGAAGAGUUCAGUUGCGCAAUGGUUUAAUCUCUCGGGGAUCAUUGGACUCGCGAUAUCUCCGAGUUGAAAAAUAUUAUAUUCAUCGGUUGGUAGCAUUAGCAUUUUGUCUAAAAGAAGAAGGCAAAGAAUACGUAAAUCACAUUGACGGUGACUCUACUAACAAUAAUGCAUCCAAUCUCGAAUGGUGUACCCCGAAAGGAAACUCUCAACACGCUGUACACCUAGGCCUUUGGGGCAACUGUCGUCGACGUGCUAUCAAACAGAUUUUCGAUGAUGGCUCUACUCAAGAAUUUUCAUCCGCAUCUGAAGCACAACGUAUAACUGGAAUUGAUGGAUCAUAUAUUGGAAAAGUUUGCAAAGGGUAUAAGACUCGUGCAGGUGGAUAA